UAAAGUGUUCAUCAUUCUCUUUCCUAGACAUUAAGGAAGUGGAUGAUCAUGUGCAGUUGCAAUGGCAAAACCAAAAUAUGCUGAAGUGUUAUGAAGAGAAUGUAUUUGGGAAUAUUAUUCAUCAGAGCAGAAGUUGUUUUCCUUUAAGGCCAAACCAUGAUGUAUUUGAUUUACACAUGAAAACUCUGAAAUCAUAUUUAGAAAUAACUAACCAGAAUAGAAGCUGCAACAAAAAGGAACCUGCUGAAUUUAAUGGGGAUGGGAGAUCCUUGCUCCAUGCUCACCAUGAACAAACUCAUACUGAAAUUGAACAUUAGGAAAUACACAAAACAGGGAAUGCCCAUGAAUGUACUGAAUAUGGGAAAGUCUUCCUCAAGAAGUCUCAGCUCAAUGAACAUAAAAGAAUUCACACAGGAAAGAAACCCCAUGGAUGUAGUCUGUGUGGGAAAACAUUCUUUAAGAAGUUCAAGUUCACUGAACAUCCGCGAACUUACAAAGGAAAGAAACCCCAUGAGUGUUGUUGAGUGUGGAAGAGCCUUCCUCAGUAAAUUUCAGCUUACUGAACAUCAGAAGACACAUACAGGAAAUAAACCCCAUAUAUACAGUAUAUGUGGGAAAGCAUUCUACAGAAAGUUCAAGCUAACUGAGCACCAGAAAACUCAUACAGGAGAGAAGGCCUACCAAUGUACUGAAUGUGGCAAAGCUGUCUUUGGAAAGGCAGAGCUCACUAUACACCAACAACACAAAAGAGGAGAAAAACCCCAUGUAAGCAGUGAGUGUGGGAAAGCUUCCUCCAGAAAACCAUAGCUCAUUCUGCAUCAGAAAAUCCAUACAGGAGCAAAAUCUUAUAUAUGCAGUGAGCGUGGGAAAGGUUUCAUACAUAAGGGCAAUCUCCUCAUACAUCAACUAACUCACACUGGGGAGAAACCCUAUGGAUGCACUGAAUGUGGUAAGGCCUUCAGCCAGAAGACAUGCCUCAUAGCACAUCAGUGAUUCCAUACAGGAAAGACUUCCUUUGUAUGUACUGACCAUGGAAAAUCUUGUUCGCAGAAAUCAGGACUCAUUAAACCUCAGAGAAUUCACACAAGAGAGAAACCUUAUGUGUGCAGUGACUGUAGGAAAGCCUUCACCACAAAGACAAUGCUCAUUGUCCACUGGAGAACUCACAUGGGAGAGAGGCGCUAUGAAUGCAACGAGUGUGGGAGAGCUUUCUCCCACAUGUCAUGUCUGGUUAAACACAAGAGGACAUACACAAGAGAGAAACAAGUAGAUUCCGUGAAGGUGGAAUACCCUUUCACAAAGGGUCACAGCUUCUUAGAUACUAGAGAACUCUUGCAGGGGAAAAACCCUGUUAAUAUAGUGACUGUGCAGAUGCCUUCUGUGACCCUUCAGACAUCAUUACACAUCAGUGGACUCCUAGCAGGUAGGGAUGUAGUCCUGAUGGAACAGUCAGCUGCCAGAUGUGCAUCCUCAGGAAAUACCAGAGAGCUUGUGCAGAAGAGAAAGGUUUAUGGAUGCCAUGAAUGUGGUUAUGCCUUGAGUGGUCAAUUACAUCUUAUUUUAUGUCAUGAAAAAUACAUAGGAAAAAAGUGGUGCAUUCUAUUUGGAAAAGCCUUGGGCCAUAAUGUAUAGCUGAUUGCAUGGUUAUAUGUAAACAGGAAGCUUGUGAAUGCAGAAGUUAGAAAAGCUUGUGUUUUGGAAGAAAGACCCUAUCAUCAGUGAUUACCAUUAGUCAUAGGUGAGCUUAAAGUGGGUAAAAAAUAUGAGAGUGGUAAAACCCUUGCCCUCAAUAGGUAUCAUUACAUACUAGAGAGAAACUGAAGGCAGUGAAUGUGGCAAGGUUUUCAGUGGUACAUUCUGCCUCAUCCAUCAGCUGGUGAAAUCACACACAAAACACUGUGAGCAUACUACUUGACGAAUAUCUUAAUUAGUUCUUGUGAGGCAAAGCCUGUGAAAAUGAGGGGUAUUUGAGAGCUUUAUGUACCAUUUCCCACUUUAAUGCAUUACAUAAUAUACCUGAUGUACAUUUUUGGACAGGAAACCUGGAACCAUAUUCUUAGUUACUAUGCUUAAAAGUGAAAAUGUUAGUCACUCAGUCAUGUCUGACUCUUUGUGACCCCAUGGA